CCAGAGCCAGAAGUGUCCGGCUGUCCGCCCGUGGAAAAGGUCCAGCGGUCUAAUCACUUGGCACGACCACGUUCGUCACGAGAACGACAUUCCCGAGUUCUUCUGAAGAGUUGUCGAAGUGGAGAGACUGGACACAGAACAAACAGUCGGGGUGUCUAAUUCCGACGAAUCGACACAGAUCCGAUCAGAUCUCAGCUCGUUUUGGUUAACUCAUCUCCGCGAGGUUUCAUGCAUCAUAUGUAACUGGUGGUAACUCUAUGAGGACAAGGGGUAAAUGUGGAACAUUUUUCAACUCUGUUCUCAUCACCAAAUCCCUGAUAUAUGAUAUGAUUGGCAGUAUUAUAACUUCAGUUUCUUUGUAUUUGACCAUCAAAGUUCUAAGAUGAAGUUGCGUAAUUUUUCUAGCAAGUGAAAAUUGCAUUGGCAUUUGACAGAAUUACAGAAUUCUUUUCUGCUAUAAUGAGUCAUAAAGUAGCUCCUCAUUCUAUGAAUGCGUCAUCAGCAACGGCAAGGUUGUUGCCUUCUGCAGCUUUAAAUAAUGACUCCAAUUUAGUUAUCCCUGGACACAGGAACAAUUUGAGACUUUCUGCAUCCCUUCAAGAUUUUUCAAUGUACAGAUUUAAUUCCGAAGAAGGUGAUUUUGAUCCUGGAAUUAACCAGGAUGCAUCUCAAGAAAAAUUGCUUCACCCCCUACAAAGGGAAAGCAUCCAAACAAGUUUUGCAAAGGAGAGGGCCUCACCAGGAUUCCCAUUUGUACAGAAGAAAUGGGUGCGAGCAACCAUGGUUAUUGUUUGCCUGAUUUUAUUCUUUUUCUUUAUCUUUUUAGGUGCUAGAUAUUUUAGUACUUUUUGGUCUGAAAAAGCAUCAAAAUAUUAUGUAGUACUUGAUUGUGGAAGUACUGGAACUCGGGUUUUUGUAUAUCAGGCAUCUAUUGUUCACAGGAAAGAUAGCAGUCUCCCUAUCAUCUUGAAAUCACUACCUGAAGGAAAUCAAAGAAAAUCUAUGUCACGAGUUGGGCGUGCCUACCGUCGAAUGGAAACUGAGCCUGGACUUGAUAAGCUGGUCCAUAAUAUAUCUGGGUUACAAGCAGCAAUAAAACCACUUCUUUCCUGGGCAGAGAAGCAAAUUCCCAAGCAUUCUCAUAAGAGUACUUCACUAUUCCUCUAUUCAACAGCUGGAGUUCGAAGGCUACCAACUUCAGAGUCACAAUGGCUUCUUGAUGAAGCAUGGUCUAUAUUGAAAAAUUCAUCAUUCUUGUGCCAGAGAGACUGGGUUAAGAUCAUCACUGGCAUGGAGGAAGCUUAUUAUGGAUGGAUAGCUCUUAAUUAUCACAUGGGUACACUCGGAUCUGUUCCAGAAAAAGCAACUUUUGGGGCACUUGACCUUGGUGGUUCAUCAUUGCAGGUUACCUUUGAGACUAAAGAUAUCAUGCAUGAUGAAACUAGUUUAAACCUAAGCAUUGGAGCCAUUAAUUAUCACCUCAGUGCCUAUUCUCUCUCAGGCUAUGGUUUGAAUGAUGCCUUUGACAAAUCUGUGGUUCAUCUUCUUAAGAGGCUCCCUGGAAUUACUAAGGCAGACCUAAUUAAGGGUGGAAUAAAGCUUAAUCAUCCAUGCUUGCAGUCUGGGUACAAAGAAAAAUACAUCUGCUCUCAGUGUGCUUCAUUAAAUGACGAGAGUGGAAGCCCUCUGAUGGAUGGAAGCAGUAUGGGGAAGAAAGGAAAACCUGGAACAUCUGUCAACCUGAUUGGGGCUCCACAAUGGGAAAAAUGUGGUGCACUUGCAAAAGUUGCUGUUAAUUUGUCUGAAUGGUCUGAUUUAAAUCAAGGCAUGGACUGUGAUCUGCAACCUUGUGCUCUUAGUGAUAGUUUACCUCGCCCAAAUGGGCAGUUCUAUGCCAUGUCUGGAUUCUUUGUGGUUUUUCGUUUUUUUAACUUGACCUCAGACGUCACUCUUGAUGAUGUACUGCAGAAAGGCCAGGAAUUCUGUGAAAGAACAUGGGAAGUUGCAAAGAACAGUGUUGUGCCACAGCCUUUCAUAGAACAGUAUUGCUUUAGGGCACCAUAUAUUGUAUCUCUUUUGAGAGAUGGUUUACACAUUACGGAUAGCCAAGUGAUUAUUGGUUCUGGUAGUAUUACUUGGACACUUGGUGUUGCUUUAUUGGAAGCUGGUGGAACAUUGUUUCUUAGGAUGGAGCUCCACAACUAUCGGAUACUUCAAAUGAAGAUAAAUCUACCCCUUCUUUUUGUUCUAGUUUUUAUCUCAUUGGUCCUUUUUGUUUGUGCUUUAUCAUGUGUUGGCAAUUGGAUGCCAAGAUUUUUCCGCAGGACCCAUCUCCCACUUUUCAGGCAUAACAGUGGGACUGCUACCUCUGUUCUUAGUAUUCCAUCUCCGUUCCGGUUUCAGCGCUGGAGUCCUAUCAGUUCAGGAGAUGGGAGGGCAAAGUUGCCAUUGAGUCCUACCAUUCCACAGUCCCGGCAGAGGCCUUUUGGUUUAGGACAUGGUUUAGGAGGCAGUAGCAUCCAGCUCAUGGAGUCUUCUUUGUAUUCACCAACCAGCGGCAUCUCACAUAGUUAUUCCUCAGGUAGCUUGGGGCAAAUGCAGUUUGACAAUGGGGGAAAAGGUUCCUUUUGGGCCCCUCGCAGAAGUCAGAUGUGCCUCCAAAGCAGAAGAUCACAGUCUAGAGAAGACCUUAAUUUAUCAUUGGCUGAGGCACACAUUGUCUAAAAUAUGCUGACUGAGAAAUCGUGGUAGGAGCACUUUUUAAUUUUUGAAGUUGUAUUAAAUUCUAGAAAUAGAAAUCCCAAGUUCUUCAUAAAGGCAUUUUUCCUUUUAAAAUUCAAGUCAUUCCUUUGUACCAUAGAGCUCCCACAUUAGUUUUGGUGUCCAUUGACACAAUAAAAUGGGAUCUUUUGAGUUUUUUUUCCCUGAAAUAGAAGUCCAUCUAUUCUUUUAUGUACGAGGCUGAAGCAAUCAAGGGUUCUAAGUGAAAAUUAGGUUC